AGCCUCACGCUGACGAGUGAACCUCUUCUCCCUCUUUGUUGUGCACAGCUUGCCAAACUGAUUCCGUUCUUCCUACGCAUUUUACUUUAUAUCUGAAAUGACUUGUUUGUUGGUCACUGCUUCAGCUUCUGUUUUAAGACAACCGAUAUGAUAAUGAUGACGAUUGUCACAUGGCAAUGGGCCAUUGACUUUGAUCCAUUUAGCUAGACUCUGAUACAGACUCAAAGUAAAAAAACGCCAGCAAGUAUAGACUUCAAGAAAGAUGUAGCUCUGCCGCUACUUCUACUUCGCCUAGCACCACUAGGCUAGCUCAAGAUGUCGUCGUCUAGCAGUAGUAGCGAUGAGUCUACCGACAGGGACGGCAAUGGAGACCACCUACGAGACGGAGUGUGGACAUUGGAUGGCGACUUUCAACUUCAAGGUGGCUCCAUGCUACGUCGUCCUUUCGUCAAGUACAGGACACAGGGCCGGCUUGCCCCUGCGAAGAACAAUGUGAUCCUGCACUUGCUGGAUCAACAGAUCAUCUCCAGCACAUGGCCGCCGCCGAUAUAUGUGGAUAAGGUAUUGGUCACCCGCUGUAACAUUCAUAAAAGAAGACUGAUCCAACAUAGCUAGGCUCGAAUUCGUCGAUGCGUCGUUUUGUGCGGAAGUAUGUCCUUUCUUUGCAAAACUGUAAGUCUCUCCUCAUAAUUGUAGUUGACUUUUACGAUCACAGCACAACCAUUACGAUCACAACGCAGAGCAAAUACUUCACGGUCGCGAUCAAUCCGUAUUCACGUGGCACGCAGACCAUGGAGUGCGAUGAGGGUGGUUGGGACUGGAUCCAGUCACCUUUGGGUCCCUUCGACUUUCCAGCACCGAAAGCGCAGAAGGCUGCCCUAUCGAGGACGCCAGGGACUCCAACUGCAGUGCCAUCCAGUCCCAAAACUGCUGCUGCAAAGCAAAGAACUCAAGUUGUUCAACAGAAGAGCAACAUGCAAAAUAACGCAGACGCCAAUAACGCAGCGGGAAUACAACCAGGGAAGAUCAACCUCUUCGAUGCCUAAGGCUUCCCUUAAUUCAUGCUGAGAAGCAUCCACUUGCCCUUGGAACCUUUUCCACUUCCUAAGGGAAAGGCACGUCAGAGAUGCUCUUGAAGAUGAAUUUGAAUUAAGGUUGUAGUAAGCUCUAAGAUGCUGUGAAAUUAGUGCGAUUGUGUUUGUUUGAAGAGUUCGGGAUUACUACACCUUUGCGUUGUGUCAUCGGCGAAGGUUACGGUGGGAUGUAUGCUUUGGCCAUGCUCUUGCCGGAUCUGCAGGACGGGACCAUUAUUAAGGCCACCGCGCAUUCAUCUUCAGACGCAUCUUUGCCGCAGUUUCAAGGGGGAAAGCGGUCAAAGAUGCACUUUAAGAUGAAUAGAGGGAAGGUCUAACGUUAGCGGCUUGACAGCAGACGCCGUGUGCAUGAUCGAGAUACCUAGUAUUAAGGCUAGUUUUGGUUUUGCGCUAUCCCAUGCUGAGUAUGAGUAUCUAUCAUACAUGCUGAGUGGGGUUCCACCCUGUGGCUUCAUGGGAAAAUAAGGGGAAGUCAGGGCACCUCACUCAACGAAGGAUUGAAAUAAGACUAGCGCUAAUAGUAGGAAGAAACGGCACAAGAAACCACCGCCAGUAUUGCAUGGGUUGCAUAGUCAGAUCAGCCAGUACAUCAAGCUGAAGACAUCGCCGCCCAGUCCUACGCUAGCGCUUCUGCGGUCGCCUUCGUCGUUGCUGCAGCGACCAAACACUGCGACGCUUAAGGCUCAUGAUAAACUUGUUGAUAAUACGACAACGAGAACGAGCUCACUCACAUUGACAUUGAGCUUUCUCAGGUUGAUUAACCGAUGAUCGAGUAGCGAGUCUAGUCGUAGUGAAAGAAACAUGAUAGCAGUGUAGUUCUUGAUCCUACCUGCUCUAGAAAAUGAUCGUUCGCCAGCCAUAUGGCAUAUGCGUGUCAAUGUCUCUAAUCCACCAACCAGCACUGUCACGGGAGGUAGCGCCCGUCGAAAACAGGACGCCAGCAAGGAGGUCAAGUCUCUAGCGGAGAUGCAGACAAUGGCCCAUGAGCCUGAGCAUGGGAGUGAGAUUAAGGGCAAGCCAAAGGCGUUCUUGUUGCCGUUCGUUUUGCCUUUCUCAAGGGGGAAAGGCAUAGCGAGCGGGGUAACGUAAACGAACACCAAAAGCCGACCUCUAACGAGAGCAGUGAUGACGGGCUCACUAUCAUCCAGCGAGAGCAGAAAGCAGCAGCGGAAAGAAUCGCACUAGCAGAGCACAAAGACCCGAAAAGCAGACACCCAAUAUUGCAGAGUAUCAAUGCGAAUUAUGGCAGGACGGAGUUGGUCCACUCGUUUUGUAUGGGGAGCACUAAGAGCCGGAAGCCCACUCGGCUUCAGAUAAAACAGCUGCCGCGAUUUUUAGCCUCGGCGUCUCUUUCUGGCAUUUGGAAUGGUUAUCACCCUACUACUAUGACUAAUUCUAAGUACUUACAACAGUCACUACUGACACUGAAAGGGAAUACAUAGGCUGAACCCCUUCGCCCUCCUCUAACCCCACCUCUCUUGUCUUCUCGAGGCGCUCACCAUGGACCUCGUCGACUAUUACAUCUCCCAAAAGCAGCACUUCCCCUACGGCUUUGGGCAGAUGCGAUCAGGCGACAUAGAUUGGGCCCAGUGGGGAACUGGCAGUGGUCACGACAAGCGCUUCGUCACGCAGAUAGAGGAUCUUCUGGCUGUGGAGGAUCAGACGCGCGCACGAGCUCAGCAGAAAGAAGAGCGCAGAAGGAUGAACGCCAAAAAAGCACAAGCAGCGAGUCUACUGAUGACGACUGAGACGACCACUGUUUUUCAGCGUGCUGCUUUUCAUCAAGGAGCGAGGCCUGCCGUUUUUGAAGACCAACCGGCUACGAGUCCUACUGGGUUUGGUGCCGUGCGUGAGGGAGAUAACGCAAACAAAGUACAGCCAGAAGUUGCUGGAGUGGAUAAGUACAAGCCGAAACGCGUAGUGUUUGAGCAAACUUCUACUGCACCCGCUGCACAGGAAGAAGAUAAAAUUGCCCGCACCGUUGGUCCUGAUAAUAAUGACCAGUCCAACUCGCCCGCGUCAUCGUCGGGGCAAGCUGUUGUAGACAGUUGUGCAGCUGGAGUUCAGGAAGGAGAACAGCAGACUAAUGGCGUACCAGCUGAAGGCGAGGCUCAGGUAGCGGCAGAGCACGACGAUAAGGACCGCAAGGAGGCUUAUCCAAUCGGAAGAAGAUUGACUCUAUGCAUGGCGUGACUGAGUAGACGCGUAGUUCCUGUGAAGUCUGAGGUAGAAGGAGAGGCUCUAUGUUAUAUAUAAUGUUUUCGGUUGUGCAUGACAGGAGUAUGCGCUGCUGUAGCCGUGGUAUGUAUGAGGUAAGAACGAACUCAAAGUCAAAAUCUCUCGCAUCUUCUAACCCCUCGCCGUUUAUCCAAAGAGUGGGGAUCUGACGAUGGCUAUUCUGACUCCGACAUUAGUUCAACGGGCGAAGAUUUUAGCCGCCUGCGUUCUCGCAACGCCAAUGGAGACCUCGUCACUUACAAUCCUGAUGGAACAGUCAAAUCUGUCCAACCUCGGAAGAAACGCAGGCUAGCUCCUCGCUUACUGCUGCUAGGUACCAGAGAGCAUCAAAUGGGAGGCAAGUUUCGCGAAAAUUUGCCCGGCUCAGCCGCAGCGGCGAUGACUGGGACACCCGGCCAAGAUCUGCGUGUUAGUGGCACAGGGCGCGAGCUGGUCUAUCCCAGUGAGAGCGGGUGUCGGCAACUGCAUAAAGUGCUGACGCAGAUGGGGUGGCCUUUAGAGCGUGUCAAGCUACGCCCCUUCGACAAGUACAUGGAGAAAAUCGAAGCAGAAGAGGAAGCCAAACGCCAGAAGGACUUGCAGCAAGAGGCUGAGGACUUGCUCUUGCCACAAGCAGACGCGGAGGUGGUCAAGCUAAUGCCCGCUGCCUCUAGAACUAGUGCAAGAAUCAAACAGUUCUUAGACCACCGCGCUGGCAGGGACUUGGAGAAAGACACGAAGGCGAGAAAAACACCAGAAGAAAGGAAGGCACAUAAAAAGCAAGAACAAGAAGAGAAACUGAAGAAGCUAGAGGAAUUCGCAGCGACAGCAGCUGCAAAGAAGGCAGGAGCAUCCUCCAGCGACUACGAUUCGGCCAGUGACGACCCCGACUCUCCAGGUGGGCGAAAGAAAAAUGGAGGAAAGGGAAGAAAAGGCGCAAAGGGAAAGCAAGAAGCAGGAGGGCCUGGAGAUCAGUCUCAAUCCCAAAAAGAGCAAGACUCGAGCACCUCUCCAAGCAAAGGCAAUAGCCCAACAUCGUCACCAGAUGGCACAUCCAAUCCUCAAGACGCAGGGGCAAGCAAGUCCAAGCCCCAGGCCCGCUCUCCGGUCCAGGAACGUCAUAGCAGAUACACCAGUCGGACGUAUGGUUCUUUUGGCCAUACGAAUCACAGGCGUCCAGUCGGCUCUGUGCCCAAUAUGCAUGGCGCUGCGGCAAACCAGCAAGUUUCGCGACGUCAGCUCCUAGUGGAGAAGCUAAACGCAACAGCGUUGGCGGAUCUGAGGAGCAGAGAAGAUUCACAGAAAAAAGAAGCGGAGUUGCGUGCUUAUGGAAGGAAGGGCCAGGAGGGUGAAUCGAUGACGAUUACUAUUAGUCAACUCUGUUGUAUCUUUUUUUUUAAAGUUCUGCUUCUGCAAUAUUUAUUGAUCGCAUAUGCAUUCAUCAUCAGCAGCAGCAGCUUUAUCCUUUGCCUUUCUUGCUCUAACCACCCGACCCAAAGAAGACUAACGUGGGCAGAGAACUGAGCUUAGCAGACAUCCCGGUGGAUGAGAAUGGCAACAAUAUCAUGCACGUGCAGCAGAAAAACGUCAAAGAAAGUGGUAAGGUGCGAAGAGACUACUCUAACUCUUCGCAACCAGGAGACAAUCAAGGUGAAGAAGAAGACCAAUGCUCCGAUGGCGACGACGAUGAUUGUACUGCGCACAGCGACGACCUCGGGGUGCAUGACCCUAGACUUUUGCUAUGUGCUUGUGGUGAUGUGAUCCGUAGACAUAGACGAUGUCCAUGCUUAAUAGCAUGUAACUCCGAAAGCAUAUACUACUACUAGCAGGAGCUCGCUGCCCCCAAUGAAAUCCCAAGAGCGAGGACUAUGGCCUUCACUUUCUUCAUCUCUCAUAAAUUACACUGCUUCAGUUCUGCUUCUUCUCUACUCCGUCCCCUCUUCUAACCCCUUCCUUGAUCGAACUUCCGGAAGUUUUCUCAUCUGAAGCUGAGUCUGAGCAGGACCCUGAAGAGCAGAUCGCCAAGGACCGACGGGUAGAAGCGUUUAGAUCUGGCGAGAUGAAAGGCCAUUUUAUGGAUGACGUUUUUUCCAUCUUUCACUUUCAGACCAUCGAGGCUGCACCUUUGCCCCUUAAAACUGCAUAGGUUAAAGGGGGGCUCGAUGGUCUGGCUAGAUGGAAUAGACACCAUUCAUACAUUUGCAAGAGUUCCUGAAGCCGCAGCUCGCUAGCAGAGCAGCAAAGGUCAAGACAGUGGCUUCGAUUGGGUUUUUGGAUCGGGUGAAGCAGGCAAUUUCACCCGACGUGGCUCCUGGUGAGCAGGGUGGGAAGAUGGAGGGAUAAGAGGGUAGAAGUUAUCAACGUCGCCGACCUGAGUGAUGUAAGCGUAUGGACCGCUCAGCCGCAGUCGAUGAUCAUAAGCAUCAGCAUGCGGCAUUAGUGCUAGUCUUUGUCUUAUUUGAUUUCGAUACAUACUCCUACUCAAAGUCAAACGAGCUCGGUCACCUCUCAUAAGCAUUGUCAUACACUUUCGCAAAAAUCUAACUACUACGCAUUUUCUAGCGGGGACAUCAAUUCGAAUUGAAUUAACUCCAUCUCAAAGCAGCAUGGACAUAAAGUCUUAUCAUCGCAGUGACGUGAGUUGGAUGCAAAUGAUGUAAAAAGUGUGCGUCUAAAGAUUAGAGAAGAUCUCAGCGCCCACAUCUAGUGGAGUAGCUAUGGAUUACCUCAAGUAGCCCGACGAACGUGAUGGUUUUUUGUCAUCAAGAGACUCAAAGUAGGGAAAGGCGUCGACAAAUGAGAAAUCCCGGAGAUGUGUUUGCUGUAUAGCAAAGCUUCCUUGCCGGUGAUACUUUUGACGUACGUAAUGCCUAGCAGCACCGAGCGAAUCUUCGGAGUCUAAAUAAAUUCGGAUUGCAACUUAAUAUUUUUGAAAUCAGAGCCAGA